CAGUCUCUUCACGUCCACAAAAGCUCCAUUAGUAAUUAUCGUUUACAUUUUGCACAAAUCAGCCUUUUCCUUGUUUUACUUCUGCUCACACAGAUUUAUGGACGCAACGGAGAACAAGACUUUCAGUUACUCAGACAUGUAUGAUGAAUAUUACGAUCCCAAUUCCACAAACGAUGGUGAUGGAAGUCUACAGCACUCUAAUGAAUCCAUGGCCUUACGGGUUAACCUCUGCAUCCUGUUCUUUUGUGGUUUGCUGGGCAACACUGCUGUUCUGUGGAUUCUCCAUCGCUUCAUCAAGCUGAAGACGCUAACUGACAUAUGUCUCCUCAACCUGGCUCUGUCCGACCUGGCUCUGGCUGUAUCUCUCCUUCUGUGGGCGUAUAAUUCCCAGAACCUUGCAGUAUGCAAACUCACUACGGGAGUCUAUCAGCUGGGAUUCUACGGAGGGACUUUGUUUGUGACCCUGAUGAGUGUGGACCGCUACCUGGCCAUCGUCCAUGCUGUGGGAGCCAUGCGAGCCCGCACACUUGGCUAUGGAAUUAUAGCCAGUGUUGCUAUCUGGGUUGUAUCCAUGGUCAUGGCAACCCCACAAGUGCUAUUUGCCUCCAUUGAGAUGAGCGACAACACCUCCCUGAGUUGCCAGCCCGUCUAUCCGGACAACCGCCACCUGUUUUGGAAGAUGCUGCGAAACUUCAGUGAGAAUACAGUCAGUAUCUUCCUGUGUCUACCAAUUCAGAUUUUCUGCUAUGUGAAGAUCCUGCUUGUGUUGUCCAAGACACGGAACUCCAACAAGGCUCGAGCUGUGAAACUGAUAUUCACGAUCGUCAGCGUGUUUGUGGUGUGCUGGGUUCCCUACAAUGUUGUAGUUUUCCUUCAGACAUUGCAGCUCUUUGAGAUCCUAAACACCUACAAGGCUUCAAGAGUGAUCAGCAUGGCAAUGGCCUGGUGUGAGAUCAUUGCACUGUCCCACUGCUGCGUAAAUCCAAUCAUUUAUGCAUUAGUUGGGGAGAAAUUUCGCAAGCCCUUGGGCAAUUUGCUAUCCAGAUGCUGCAACAAGAACAGAGGGUCUGUCAGUCACAGAGACACAUCAGAAAAGGAAACUUCCAACACCAUCCUGCGAUCACAGUAAGAAUACUACCAACACGGGUUGGCCAUAACGAUGGAUUCAUCGAUUAAUUGUGUAUAAGUCACUGUUGCUUCAUUAUCAGUGAUGUGCGAUACCACUGAUCUAGUUUCCGAUCUGAUAGUCAGUAAAAUUCAGGCCAGUACAGGCGACACUGAUAGCAUAAAGAAUACAAGAUUGAUUGAUUAAAGUUUAACGACACUAUCAACACAAAAUGUCAUGUAAGUGUCUGGACCUUAAUAUGUGAAGUUAUUAAUGACAAAACCUGUUUCCCGGGAGUGUAAUCUAUCAAUUUAAUUAGGGAGUAGAGCUUGUAAGAUAGAAACUGUGAUCUACUUUACCGGGAAUAAUUCCCUACUCUUUUCGAACAGAGUAGUAGGUUCUUUAAUGUGCAAAUGAUGUGGCUUUUCUUUAUACGGGACGGCGGCUUAAAGUCUCCUCUGUAAGACUAGAUACUGAAUAAAACGGCCUGCCAAAGGGCCUGUUUCCAUUAUCUAAAACCUAAUAAAAAGAUUUAUUUCUUUAAGAAACUCUAUGAUGCAUGAUCGCGGAACUUCGCUGAACAAGGUUUUCAGAUCAGGUACAUUAUAAAAAUUGACAUGGAUGUGAGCAAACUCAAUGCAUUCAAGAAGAAUAUGUUUAACUGAGAGUGUACUAUUACAUGAUAUACAACGGGGAGGAUUUUCUGCUGCAAGUAAAUAGGAGUGUGAUAAGCGAGAAUGACCAAUUCAAAUACGAGCUAGCACAGCGUCUUC